CGGCAAAAAAUUCCCAAGGGGAUAUAAUAGGAAAGAGUCAGCGUGACCAGGUUAACUCUGUAUAAAUUGAUCUCAGCAUCAAUAUGUCUUCGAUGAAAAUAACGACUUUGUUAUACAUGUGCUUCUCUGGUCUAUCAGCAGGAGUCUUGGGCAAUCCAUUGGCAAACAGUAGUCAGAAUAGCGGCUACAUACGUUUUAAGUCAGUUAAAGAGGGCACGUAUACAGUAUACAUGACGUCAUCGGUUACGCAAAUCACUGAACGAUAUGGAAGGCAACGUGACGUUAGCACUGCAAUUGAUAGCAACCAAAGCAAGCAAGUCACCAGGAAAUUACACUACAAGCCGCGAGAGGUUCUGGGACCGACAACCAUUGUAGGGUCGCAUUCCGGAUAUCAUACUCAUAAUCAAAGUGACGUCACGGCAGGUUCUAUCACUAACUGCACUAUGCCGCGGUCCUUAGCGACUGGAGCAAAACAUGGCGUAGUUGUAACCAGAAGAAUAGCUCGGUUUUUGAUUUAUUCGUUAGGAAUCGUCUUCAAUCUUCUCUCAAUUGCCGUAUUCUGCCGAGGAACAUUGCGUCACACUACAACUUGCAACUUCAUGAUCUCCGUGUCUAUAGCGGACACGGUGCUACUCUUGGACGGUUUUAUGUUUUUGUUGGAGUAUGACGUAGACGUUGACGUCAUAUCUCCCAAUCCAGCUCUGUGUAAAACGGCUCUGUUCGUGUUCUACUCCGCGCCAGAGUACAGCGGGCUGAUCUUAACCGUAAUGAGCGCAGAGAGAUUUGUCAAAGUGAGGUUCCCCAUCAAGGCGAGCACACUAUGCACCAUGAGGAAAACCAGAGGGAUAAUUAUCGGUGUCUCAGUGGCUGUAUUAUUUAUCAAUUCACCCGUGCUCUUUACCGAUCUACUUUACGAAUAUAUACCGGAGUGCAAAACCACGAUAUGUUGGAACUUUCUCGUCUACGAGGCCAGGCCGGUCGGAAGUCACGGUAUACUGUCAUAUUAUGCUUACAUCCACAAGUGGCUUUCGUCAACUUUGUAUUGGAUCAUACCUCUGACGUCACUUCCGGUUAUAAACUUCCUCAUAAUCCACGAGACCAGCAAGGCGACCGAAAGAAUAAGAAGUCAAUCUGAGCCAGCUGAGGGAAAAGUUACUGGGCAGCACAGCACGGCGAACCACAAAACGCCCACUCUUGAUUCGCGAGAGAGAAGCCAGAGGCAAGUCACGCGGAUGCUCCUCGUCGUAACGUUUGCUUACGUCAUUCUUGUGACGCCAAUUAAUCUUCUUAACACGGGGGUCAUCAAUUUGUGGGACACGACGCAAAACGUCGCUCGUCAGUGGGUGUUUACGGUAUCCGUUCUUCUCUUUUAUAUCAACCACUCAAUUAAUUUCUGGCUGUACUGCUUCAGCGCGCCAAAAUACCGACACGAGUUUUUUGAAAUGGUUUAUUUUGCAAAAAGACGCUGUGCGACCUUGUGGACCAGGCUGCCCAAGAUCUCGACGAGAACACGCGAGGGUAUAUCACGGAGCAUGGACAGUGUGGACAGUGUGAGUCACAGCACCUCCAGCUCUGACGCUCACGCCACACACAUUGAAUUAUCUAGUCGGUCUCAGUCUGUCUUGGCACGUGACGUUGAGCUAAGCAGGUCACGUGAUGCUACGUCUAUGACGUCAUCUGGUCUUGGUACCCUGGGAAACAAACUGAGACAAGUUCCAUCAGCUCUGAGGAACGUCGCUUUGCGAAGAGAACGCAGUCGGUCCGUCAUCGCCCAAAAUGACAUGUCCACUCAUAUUGUUUCUAAUAUGUCAUCCACCUCUCUUGAGAGCAUGGGGGUUCAGCCUUCUUCUCAAAAUGACCAUGAUUCACAAGUUACUUCAGUCUUUUGUCCAGAUUUCAAUGGAAAUGGACAAAGGGAAAGAAAAUUAGAUGUGGUUGACGUGGGUGAUUUCAAAAACAGUGACAUGGUUUCAAGUGUGAGCAGCCAUUCCAUGGUGAAUGAGGUUGAAGCAAACGUGCACCAAGAGCAAAGCAGACGGAGCUACGUGACUUUCUCAGUAAGUGACGAUUACGAUACUAUGGAAACUGAAGUAUAA